AUGACCGCGCAAGAUCAUGAAUACGACAUCGCAAUCGUCGGCGCAGGCAUCGUCGGCUCCUGUCUCGCCGCGCAGCUGGCGCCCCACGCCCGUGUCCUCCUGGUCGACCGCGACGUGCGCGGCCUUCGCGGCUCGACAGGGCACGCUCCCGGCUUCCUCGCGAAGCGCACGGUCGCGUCCUACCGCGCCAUCCCGGGCGGGUUUGAUGUCGUCGGCGGCCUCGAGGUCGUUAGAAGGGUUAGGGGGUUAGAGGGUUAG